ACGUGCCUGCUGGGAGAGGCUCGCUAGGUCUAGCAUCGUCUCUGCUUCGCAUCCCGCGGACGCGGUUCGGAGUUAACCUCGCGCCUUGCGCCCCCUCCCGCCCCCUCCCGACUUCCAGUGGGUCGUGGGGCCCCGAGCGGCCAGCGGUCGUCCAGAAAAAGCAUCCUGAGGAGGAAGACGGCUUGUUACACACCUUAAAGUCAAGGAUGCCAUCCAGGAGAUCCCAUUACAUUUCACUGUCAUGUGCCCUUAAGCUCCUCUUGGCUGAGACAGUUUCUCAGACUUCCCUUGUUUCUGAUGACCUUGACGGUUUUGAGAGGUACAGGCCUGCCGCAAAAGCUUCAGUUCCCUAAGGAGCCCGUAAAGAAGAAACUCGAAAUUACCCAUAACUGUACCAUCCAGAGCUAAUUGCUGUUGAUUUUUUGAAACCCCAAGAGGACUGAUCAGUUCUUGAUUCUAAAACUAUGGCCCACGGUCUGGUGACGUUCUCAGAUGUAGCCAUCGACUUCUCGCAGGAGGAGUGGGCGUGCCUGGACUCCUCGCAGAGGGACCUGUACUGGGACGUGAUGCUGGAGAACUACAGCAACCUGGUGUCCCUGGAUUUGGAGUCACCAUAUGGGACCAAGAGUUUACCUAUAGAAAAGGGCAUUUACGAAAUAAAUUUAUCCAGGUGGAACUCAAAUGGAAAAAGUAAAUCCCUGGGCCUUAACUGGAUGUGUGAAGGUGAGUUUGAAAGAUCACAGGGCCCUCAGCAGGGCUGUUUGAAUCAAGUGAUAACCAACCAUGAGAAAGCGCCCACUUGUAGAGAAAAUACCUCUGGUAGACCACACCAGAGACCUCAUGCUAGGGAGAAUUCCUAUGAAUGUAAGGAAUGCGGGAAGGCCUUUAGUCGUGGCUACCAGCUCACUCAGCAUCAGAAAAUUCACACGGGGGAGAAACCCUACGAAUGUAAAGAAUGCAAAAAGGCCUUUCGUUGGGGCAAUCAACUCACGCAACACCAGAAAAUCCACACGGGGGAGAAACCCUAUGAAUGUAAGGACUGCGGCAAGGCCUUCCGCUGGGGCUCGAGCCUGGUCAUUCAUAAGAGGAUCCACACGGGCGAGAAGCCCUACGAGUGUAAGGACUGCGGGAAGGCCUUUAGACGUGGUGACGAGCUCACCCAGCAUCAGAGGUUUCACACGGGGGAGAAGGACUACGAGUGCAAAGACUGCGGGAAGACCUUCAGCCGUGUGUAUAAACUGAUCCAGCACAAGCGAAUUCACAGCGGCGAGAAGCCCUACGAGUGUAAGGACUGUGGGAAGGCCUUCAUCUGCGGCUCGAGCCUCGUCCAGCACAAGAGGAUCCACACUGGCGAGAAGCCCUACGAGUGCCAGGAGUGCGGGAAGGCCUUCACGCGAGUCAACUACCUCACUCAGCAUCAGAAGAUCCACACCGGUGAGAAACCACACGAGUGCAAGGAGUGCGGGAAGGCCUUCCGCUGGGGCUCGAGCCUCGUGAAGCACGAGAGGAUUCACACGGGUGAGAAGCCUUACAAGUGCACAGAAUGUGGGAAGGCCUUUAACUGUGGCUACCACCUCACGCAGCACGAGCGGAUCCACACGGGCGAGACGCCUUACAAAUGUAGGGAGUGCGGGAAGGCCUUCAUCUACGGGUCGAGCCUUGUGAAACAUGAGAGGAUUCACACAGGGGAGAAGCCCUACGAAUGUAAAGAGUGCGGGAAGGCCUUCAGUCACGGCCAUCAGCUUACGCAGCAUCAGAAGAUUCACACGAGUGAGAAGCCCUUUGAAGGUAAGGAGUGUGGGAAGGGGUGUCACCAUGUGAACCAUCUUCGAGAACAUGAGAGAAUUCACACUGCUGGAAAACCUCUUGAACACAAAGAACAUGCAGAAACUUCCAUCCCACAUUCCUUCCUUCCACAACACAAGGAAAACCCAUGAUACGAUUUAACACGAGAAAGCCUUCACCAGACACCCUUCUGCUCUCAGAACACCCUCUGACCUCAGAGGAGUCAUGCUUGAGGCAGAUUUGGAGAAUGGAGAAAUCACUUUUUCUUAGUGAUCACCGUAUACCCUGUGUAGACUUUUUUUUUUUUUUUUUUUCUCACUGAAUUGGUUAGUGCAGUGAGUGGAUAGAAGCCUCCUAGUACCACUCGAUGUCUGUCUCAUUUCAGACUUGUUCUGGGGAAUAACUCCGCCAAUGUAACAUAUGCGGGAGAGCCUCCCGCCAUGGUACACUCCCUCCCCGUUAUCGUCACCAUCCCACUGCUUUACUCCCUGUGAUUCACUGGGGAAGUGACCUGGUACCCCCUGUGCGUUAUGUGUGGAAUGGGGAUAAUUACACCUAAUCCUGCUGUUGUGGUGACUGCGUCUGGUACUUGUAAACUCUUUGAAAGUGUAUCUGGAAUAUCACAUAAGCUCAAUAAAUAUUAGCUGUUGUUGUUCUUACCAUCAUUA